AUCUUCGUAGAGGUGUUAUGCCAUUUAGGUUAUAUGGUGGUGCUCACUGUCUGAUUUCACAUAGACCACCAGUUUGCUCACAAGUUAAUAUACAGCCGAUGAUAGUGCUGUAAAUAAAUUUUUUUAAAUACAUUUAAAUAAAUAGUUUUGACGUAUGAAAAAAUACAACCCCCGUGACAGAUUUAAGCCUAAAUUUCCAUUAUCUGUCACAACACAGAAGCAUCUUGGCUACAGGGAUUUAAAUAUUUAACAAUGCCUGGGAGAUUCUAUAGCUGUCUGGGAGAUUCUGGAGAUUCCUGCAGUGUGGCCUUUCUGCAGUUACAGUUCUCUACAUCUUAAACAUUUAAUGAGGAAUAAUUUUACGAAUGUUUAUCCAUGUUGCCUUUUAUUUCCAUUUUAAAAAGUAAAAAAGGACGUAGACAGUUUUGGUCGCUUUAUUAGAAAGUUGUUUCCGUGUGACGUCUGAACAUAGGCUGACUUGAAAAACUGUUCAUGUAAAAAAUGGUAUUUGCCCGCUGUACAGAACCUGAGUCUACAUGUACUGUAAGAGGUGGUCUGGAACCGUGCCACGAUUUUCGUGAACACAACUCGUGCUUGGGUCUGCACUUGUUCAGGAAGGAAAGUAACCUACGCAUGUUAAAGUUAGCCAAGUUUAGGUUAGCCAAGGUUAGCCAAGGAAUUCAUGCACCACAAAUUCCUUUGUAAUCAGCUCUUCAAAUGCAGUAUGUAGAAGAUUGUUCCUCAACAUCUGAUGAAUUAAGCCAUGUAAAAAGGUUGUCUGGUAGACAUUAGACAAGAGACAUAAACUGUAUUUGGCAGAAACAUAACAUCAUAGUGGGUUAACUGUAAGGUCAAGUAACACGUCCUUGUAAAAUCUACCACUGAACAUUUGAAUGUGCUCUGUGCCGUUCACAAAACCGCCUCUUUGAAAUUCUCCCUUUACUUUUUUUUCCAUUUCUACCCAAUCACUUUCACCAUCUCAUGAAUAUACAUGAGAACGUUGUGCUUAUGCGAUCCUUUGACAUUUAAUUACUGGACUUAGUUGAAGUGGCUGUUGACCAAGACGGCCAUGACUCGCGCUCUCAGUUUCCACGAGUCAGUCUCAGUGCUUUUGUUGGGGAUAUGUCUGAUCACAUCGGCUCAGAGGCAUGCGGGUCCACCUGGCCCACCAGGCCCGUCCGGUGUCCCUGGAAUAGACGGAAUUGCUGGUGAAAGAGGUGAAGAUGGAGAAAAUGGCUCUGCAGGACUUGAAGGUGAUCCUGGGAAACCUGGCUCUGUGGGACUUCCUGGAUUGCCUGGAGAUGAUGGUUUGACUGGUCCCACUGGAGAUGCAGGCCCAGCUGGUCCCACUGGACAAAAGGGAGAACCAGGGAAACCCGGGCCUCGGGGAGAAGCUGGUAUUGGACCUGAUGGACCCUUGGGACCACCAGGGCCUGGUGGCCUUCCAGGUGAUCUUGGAAAAGUUGGCCCUCCUGGGGCCAUAGGUGUCAGAGGGCCACAGGGACCCCGUGGGCCAACAGGACCCCGUGGUGCUGCUGGCAUACACGGUGGAACAAUGGAAAUGUGCCCUAAUGCAUGUUCAUCUGGCACACCUGGCCACCCCGGACUACCUGGCAUGAAAGGCCACAAAGGUGCAAAGGGUGAGGUUGGGGUGCCUGGUAAACAGGGACACACGGGAGAAGUAGGAGAGCAGGGUUCCCCUGGAGAGGUUGGACUCCAAGGCCCAGUAGGAUCACAGGGAAUUCAAGGUGCUAUGGGAAUUAUGGGUUCCAAAGGGGAGAUGGGAGCGUGGGGCAAUGAUGGAAAUCCAGGUCCUCAGGGAAUUAGUGGUGCCACUGGUGAUCAUGGCCCAAGAGGGUUAAUAGGAGAAUCAGGUCCUAGGGGAGAACAAGGACCGCAGGGACAAAGAGGCAUCACAGGUCUUCCAGGACCAAAGGGUGAGAGUGGCUUGCCUGGUGUAGAUGGACGUGAUGGAAUUCCUGGAUUACCAGGAGUUAAGGGCAGCUCUGGGAAACCUGGAAACCCUGGAGAGGUUGGACUUCAAGGACUACCUGGCUUACCUGGUGUUACAGGAGCAAAGGGAGCUCCUGGUGAAAAGGGAAAUGUUGGACAGCCAGGCCUUAUUGGAACUAUGGGAUCAUCUGGAAAGGCUGGAGAACGUGGAGUACAGGGAGAAGUUGGACCGGUUGGCCCUAUUGGUGGACCGGGAGAUAGAGGUGAGCCAGGGCCAUCUGGACCUUUGGGGAACCCAGGAGCUAGAGGCUCAAAAGGUGACCUUGGUCUUCCUGGACUUCCUGGAGCCCCAGGUGUCCCCGGAGAGAAAGGAGACAGGGGUGGACCAGGUGAAGUGGGAUCUAAAGGAGAACAGGGAGUGCAAGGUGCAGAGGGAAACCCUGGUGACAAAGGAGAUGUUGGGGAGCCUGGAGAGCCUGGACCUAAGGGAGCAACUGGUAAUCAAGGAGAACCAGGAAACAGAGGCCCUGAGGGUGCCCGUGGACAGCCUGGUAUUGAAGGACCCCCUGGUAGUGCUGGACCCCGUGGUGUACAGGGGAACAGAGGAGCUCUAGGACCUCGUGGUUCUCAAGGCCCAGCAGGGAAAGGACCAGGUGAUCAACACAUUAAACAAGUGUGUAUGCGAGUAAUGCAGGAGCAAUUGGCCCAGCUAGCUGCCAGUCUGCGGAGGCCCGAGUCUGGUGCUGUUGGUCUGCCUGGCAGACCUGGUCCCCCUGGUCCUCCAGGUCAACCAGGAGACAGUGGUUUCCUUGGACAGGCCGGUGCAAGAGGACUCCCUGGCCUUAAAGGACCUCCUGGACCAACAGGCCUCAAAGGGCCUAAAGGUGAAAUUGGAGACAGAGGAGACAGAGGGCAAACAGUACGAGGCCCCAAAGGGAUGCCAGGGCCACCUGGCUUACCAGGUGAGCCUGGUAAGACCGUUUAUGGUCAAGACGGUCAAGAUGGUGGAAGAGGUUUACCAGGCACUCCUGGACAGCCUGGUGUGCCUGGCUCUCCUGGCCCUGCUGGACCUCCUGGUUACUGUGACCCAUCAUCAUGCAACUUGAGCACGGGAUCUGCAUCCCAGUCCCUUACAAACUAUGACAUUAAAGGGCCGGCUGGUAACUGAGUUUCUUCUGGACAAUAAAGACUGAGAAAAUAUAGAUCACAGCACAAGCACCAAAGGUCAUGCUAGCAUUCUGCUCCAUCCAGCAGAUCCUAACCACAUCUCUACUGAGCAACAAAAAUUUUACAUUUUUAAAAAUAAAGCAUUCAUUUAAAAGUUGUUUUUUUUUAAGUGCCCCAUUAAAUGUAACUUUAAAUGAGUGAAAUGAUGUAUAAAGGUUUUUUGCUAACUGCAGUGCAGCCAUCAGCACUUCAGAAUGGACCCUGAAUUCAAAGCAGUAUGUUUGUUCACCAAACUAGAACAUAGUUUUUUAUUGCUUUAUCUAUUGAAAUUUUUCUUAAUGUUAAACAAUUUUUUUUCAGCCGCCAAAUGUGUCAACAUAAACAACCACGAUCAUUAACAUUAAUAUUGUUGCCUAACAAGCUAGUUUUUCAUAAAGGUUUACUUUUUGAACGUUUUUGUUUACAAUAAUAGUCUUGAUCACUUUACAUAUUGGUUUAUGAGAGACUCAAGCAGUUGAAGUAAAAAUGAGAAGAUCUCAUGUGUCUACACACAGGGCUUCCUGUAUCAGUUCUUUUAAGGAUGUAGUGAGAACGCUUUAUAGAAAAAUGUGAAUUUAGCACUGUGGUAACAAAACUGACUAAAGGUCAGUGUAGCGUGAGAAUAAACCAUCCAAGAUUGCAUAUCAAUAUUUUGUUUUGUUGCAGUUUUUAUAAAUUGGCUUUAUUAAUAGUAAUAAUAAUAAUAAUAAUAAUAAUAAUAAUAAUCAUUUGUAUAAUAUGAAUUGGCAACAUGGAGCCCAUGUCCCUGGAUCCCACUACUUGUUUAUAGUCCAUUUAUAACCCACAGUAAUACAUUAUUGUUCUAAAGGUAUGAUAUUUGCCACUGGUAAACUUUAUCAGUUAAAACAACAGAACAUACUAUCAUGGUGGCCUUUCUUUCUAAGUGCUCUUUUAUUUCAUGUGUAUUGAGAGUGGAAGCAAUAAGAGGAAAUAUGGGGCUGAAUAAUGUCUUGUAUAAAUUUGUGUUAAUUUCUGUUUUGAACUGUAAGGAUGUGUUUUCCUCUUAGGUGUAAGGGGGCUUAUAAAGAAUACAAAAAACAACUGUGACAUUUCAUAGUACUUCUGUUUUUUUUGCAGAGGAAUUAUAUGACAUUGAUUUUGAAGAUUAUAAAGGUCUGAAGGUUUUACAUUUGAUACACAUUUUCAGUGUUUUAAUGACAUCAUACAAGACAUGUAUGAAAAAUGAGUAGUUUAAUCUUACACUGAAAAAUCCUGGAGAUCAGAUCUUCAACUAAAGUAAAUCAAUUCGAAAAACAAAAAUAAAUUCUCUCUUUUUUAAACCAAA